GUACUUUGUAAAAGAUGUUUUUCAGGCUCUGUAACAAUGAGGUUAGCAUGCUGAAUUCAAACAGAGACUUCUGUUAAUAUUCUGCAGGAUUUUCUAUUUGGGUAGCUGCAUACAGUCUAACUCAACUCAAAAGCGAUCAAGAUUACUGAGUAGAUCUUCAAGGUACGGUUUCUGAUUGUGAUCCCAAAAUCGGAAUCGACAGGUGAAAGUGCGUUGGUCAUUUCAGUGUUUCCUUGGUUUUUAGAUUUGCUAUAAAUCCUUCCUCUGUGGCACGAAGAGUUUUUUUUUUAAAUCACCCAAGUUCAUCCCCAUUGAGAAGGGCAGGUUCAUGUGGAACUGCUGCAAGAUUCAGAAUCAUGGAAGGACAGACAGGCAAUGACGAUAAGACCAGACUAAAGAUCGAUCUCAAAUUGAUAAGAGAAAAAAAUCCACAUAUUUUUUAGGUCUAGCUCUCAAAAAUGACGAGUUCAGAAGUGGCUGGAAACAACACGACAAGCUACAAUUCGUUAUGCGUCGAGCGUCUUUAUGGAUUUCAUCUGAAAAUAUUGAUCGCCACAUUGAAUAUUCCGUUAUCAGUAACGGCCAUUCUGGGUAACGUUCUAAUUAUUAUCGCACUUCAGAAUGUGUCCACGCCUCUACGUCCACCAUCUAAACUUCUCUUCCGAUACCUUGCAAGCACAGAUCUGGCGGUAGGACUCGUUACACAACCUUUAAUAGUUGUCUUUUUGCUUUUACCAGAGAAAUCUGGCAGCUGCCUUUACCUUACCAUCAUAGGUAAGGCAACCAGUGUGUUGUUUGGUGGAGUAUCGUUGUUAACACUGACUGCAAUUAGCGUGGAAAGGCUGCUUGCUUUGCUACUGGGGAUUCGGUACAGACAAUUUCUUUCUUUAAGGCGAAUAAAAGUCAUGAUUUUCAUAUUUUGGCUCAUUGGUGCAGCAAUUGCAGGAAUGUUUAUUUUCAGGCUCUUGAUUGCUGCAGUCAGCGGUAGCAUACUACUACUGUCAUGCACAGCAACGUCAACUUUCUGUUACACGAAAAUUUAUCGUGUGCUACGCCAUCAUGGCAGACAAGUAAAUUUUCAACAAGAGGUCACCGGAGCACCAGCUUCCCUAAACAUUGCGCGAUACAGAAAAACAUUGUCCACUGCAAUGUGGGUGCAAAUGACAUUCCUUGCCUGUUAUCUCCCUUUCGGAAUUGUCCAAGUCAUAAUUUCUGUCACUGCAUUACGAGCACCAUCCAUUGACUUAGCUCGGGAUCUUACAGGCACUAUCGUGUUCUUAAACUCAACACUAAACCCCUUUCUUUACUGCUGGAAGAUAAGCGCAGUAAGGCGAAUAGUAAAGGACAAGAUCAGACGGUGGUUUUGCUUUUAAGACUUGAGACAACGAUAAUCUGCAAGACACUGAUUCUGAAUAACACAGUGUUAAGUUUCUUCAUAAGGAUGCCACCCGUCUUGACAUGUAGCAGUUGUUGGAAAAUCUCGCCGAGGCAAAUACUCAAGUAUUACGGGACAUUUAAUGUGUUGAGUAUUACAUUUUUAGAAUUAAAUUUGGAAAUAUGGGAAUUGAGAGAGAUUUAAAAAAAUUACCUGGCCUUAAAAUGUUAGAAUAUCCUCACAAAAUUUUAUUAUUAAACCUUUAUCGCAGAGCAGCUCUGAACUCUUCUUUACAACAAGUGUAGACUAAAAGAAUUUUUAUUGACAAUUGUAGUAUAAUACGAGAAACAUUGACCAAAAGGAAAAGUAGCUAAAUCUGUUGAUAAAGGACUAGAACAGCAAUACGUAAUAAACAAAUUAAUAACUGACAUUGAAAUAUGAAUAUGUAUCUCGACAGCUGGUCAAAGGUUUUGAGAAGAACAUGUAACUUUACAUGUAAACAUUAUAUCUUGCCGUUUUCAAGUACAUGGUCUGAAAAAUAAAUGCAGAAGGAUUAAUAGA